AUUAACAUGGAUAUGGUGAUGAAGUUGGGAGCAGAAAGUCCAGUGGUGAUUUUCAGCAAAACUACUUGUUGCAUUUCUCACAGCAUUGAAACCCUAAUUCGAGGUUUUGGAGCAAACCCUACCGUUUACGAGCUCGAUAAAAUUUCGAACGGAAAGGAAAUGGAGAAGGCAUUGAUUGAAUUACUAGGGUGUAAAUCAAGUGUGCCAGCAGUGUUCAUUGGAGAAGAGUUUAUUGGUGGUUCAAAUGAGAUUAUGAGUCUUAAUGUUAGAAGCAAGCUCAAACAUUUGCUUUUGAAGGCUAAUGCUAUUUGGAUAUAG